GUUGGUAUCGCCCGCUCCCAGCUGGCCACGUGCUCGCCGCGCGCUUCCGGGAUUGCAUGGAUUACCGAGACUUGCCGCAUGACCUUAGUUUAAUGGUCAAUGUAAUGAAUUAAGACCGCAGUACUCUCUAGUCGUACACGUUAAACAAGUGCUGGUGUAAUUAGUAACGCGGUGCGCUACAUUGUGUGUGUUUUUUUGUGGGCCAUCAUGAACAGCGUAAGAGGCUUGGUCGCCCGGUCUGCACCGCUAUUCUUGCGACGGCACGCGGGUCCCGGAAUCGUCGGCAGCAUCGGCAUCAGCAGUGAGAGCAGCAGCAGCAAUGAGAGCAGCAAGACGACUCACUUUGGCUUUGAGACCGUCACUGAGGCUGAGAAGAGCGACAGGGUUUAUGGAGUUUUCAAGAACGUCGCCAAGAAUUACGACAUCAUGAACGACGCAAUGAGCCUGGGGAUCCACCGCCUCUGGAAGGAUUCUCUUCUCGACAUCAUGAAACCGACCCCGGGCACGCGGCUGCUGGACGUGGCAGGAGGCACCGGCGACAUAUCCUUCAGGUUUCUGGAAUGCCUGCAGCGUGCGUCCCAGAGGCGAGCUAACGCGUCGUCGCAGAACCUGACGUGGGAGGAGAUCGCGGGCUUCUAUCGCGCGGAGCGGCCCAGAGACUGGGACGCGCGGGGUGCCGUCGCCGUCGUGUGCGACAUCAACAAGGAGAUGCUGCGCGUCGGGCAGAAGAGGGCCGAGCAGCAGGGCUUCUCCGAGGGGCUCAUGUGGGUGGUCGGCAACGCGGAGGAGCUUCCCUUUGCCGACAGUCGGUUUGACAUCUACUCCAUCGCCUUCGGGAUCAGGAACGUUACGCACAUCUCCGUUGCAUUAGAAGAAGCUUACCGGGUCCUGCGGCCUGGCGGAAGAUUCCUUUGCCUGGAGUUCAGCAAGGUCACAAACCCCAUCUUGCAGCGAUUGUAUGACAUGUACUCGUUUCAAGUCAUCCCGGUGCUUGGGGAAGUGAUAGCCAAGGACUGGAAGUCCUAUCAGUACUUGGUUGAGAGCAUCCGUCAGUUUCCCGAUCAGGAAGUGUUCAAGGCGAUGAUUGAGGAUGCCGGUUUCCGGCACGUGACUUACCGCAACCUUACCAAUGGCAUCGUCGCGGUGCAUUCCGGAUUCAAGAUUUAGCGGCACCAUGAAGCUAUGACGACGGGGCACACGGUGGCUUGCUGCGGCUCAAUAAACCACAGAGGUCGAUCGUUAAACAAAUACCUUUUGAGGUCACUUGCUCUGGGAUUUUGAAACAUUUUUCUUAACCAUAACCACGGGUCAAUUUUCCGCAACCGGCACACCACGUCCAACAUAUCUUUUUCUAUGGCUGUGGCUGUUAGUCACGUGCUGACUACAAUUUACCGGCGACUUGGAAAAUGUCAUUAUUUGGUGAGAAAUUGAACCGCAACCAGAAUCUUGGAUACACUACAGCAAGUGACGUUUGAUAAAAGUAGUUACGUACAUGUGCAAUCUUGCUGGGUUUUGUAAACUAAAAUUUCUUCACAAAUAUGAGUGUGGGAAGGCGCGCAAGAGACUGUAUUAAUUUGGAGAAAUAAAUAUGCCCAGUGUUUAUGUUCGGCAUCUUUGAUAUGCGAUCGCAUUUAGUCAUCGUUACAUAAAUCCAAAUCGCUUUUCGCGAUCAGAUCGCCAUGCCACUGCACAUAAGCCUGCCACUUGAAGCGCGUGGAAAUGUGCAAAGCGUGUCUUGACGCACUGCGCAUCGUCCAGUUUGUGCGUCGCGAUGCAUAAGGGUUGUGCGUGCAAAUUGCCUCUGUCUGCAAUUUGCGCAUAUUUUGUCCGCAGAUAUUUUUUUGCAAGAAUAAAUACGUGCUCAUUCA